CGGCGUGGCCUUCUGCUUACGGGCAGGGCCGAGAGGAUCUGCGUCACCGGCCACCUGGGCUGGCCACAGCGCCGGGCAGCGCCUGCCAUUUCGGAACGUCGCGGCUCAGAGAACCGGACUCUCAGACUGAGUGACGGUGACUCACUUGUAGCCUUUUGCAGACGCCUGGGCCUUUCAGAAGAAAUGGGAAAAUAAUAGCACCUACUUCUAAACGGUGGUUGUAAGGAUUAAUUUUAACUCAUAAUUUGUUUGGUAGCAGUUUAGAAUUUUUGCACCCUGAUAGUAAAUAAAAGCAAAGAAAAACUAACAGUAUUUUUGUUUGGCUAAAUUAAUUAUGUCACCCUUGAAAAGAAUGAGAAUCACCAUAUACUUGAGCUACAGCAUCUGCUCCUCCCUGGGUCUCCAGCCUGCUGGCCUACUUUGCAGAUUUAAACUUGCCAAACUCCACAGUCAGGUGAGUCAGUUCCUUAGAAUAAACCUCUUUCUCUCCAUGUGUAUACAUACUGGUUCUGUUUCUUUGGAGAACACUUACUAAUAUAGCAUAUAAGAUGUGCCAGGCACUUUGCUAGGUCCUCCUUGCAGUUACAGAGGUAAGGCAAAAAUCACACUAAUAGUGGAGACUUGGUAGAUAUAAUGACAUUAGCCCAUGAGACUAUGACAAGAGGGAAUGUUCAAGGUACAAGGUCAGCAGAUAUGAGAGAGACAUAGCCAGCUUAGAAUGUUCAGAAAAGGCAUCCAGAGAAAAUUACACUUGGGCUGAUUUUUGAAGCAUAAUUAAGAUAAAGGUAAACUAAAGUUGCCAGAAGCCCAAAAAUAGCCCAAACAGCACACAGGAGAAGCAAAAAAAAAAAAAAAAAAGGUAAACCAAAAAUGCAAGUUUAGGUUGGCAUUUUCUCCCCAAAUGAUGCACAGUUGCUCGGCCUGGAGUAACUGGCUAAAUAUGCAUCUGCAGAAUGAUGAAAAUGCCAACAAAAUAUUCGUGGAAAUAUUGAGUGGAAAUUGUGGAAAUUAUGGGUGGAAAUAUGACAUACCAUGGCCAGGAAUUAUUUAUGUGGAUUCUUUCUAAAUAAGCCCAAAUCCUUAUUGAUAAUAUUAUUACAUUCAGGUUCAAACUAAAUGUAGAAAAUGGAUCCAGAGAUAAGUAACAAACAAUAAGAAAAAGGAUGCUAACCUGGUAACUCAGAGAAAAGAGCAAUGCAGAGCUGAGAUUUUUUUCACACAGACCGAGUGGUUUUGUGGAGCUGGGUAAUGAUUCUCUAUCACCCUAAAGUGUUUCUGUUUGUUUUGAGCUUGUAAUGGAUAUAAAUGCCCCCCCCCCUUCUGUGGAUGACUGAAUGAGAGAAAAUAAGCUUAAAGUAAAGCAGGAGAUAGUUUGGUUGUGUUUAGGGAAGAAUUCUUUUUUGAACAAAACUAGAAAGGAUACCUUUCAAAGGAGCUUGCAGCAUUUUAUUGCUCAAUCCUUCAAGAAAGGAAGAAACAAACACUGUGUCCUGAAGACUUGAGGUUCUGUGCCUGAAGGUAGGGACCUGCCCCCAGAUCCUGGCCAGUCCCUGUUCUAGGAUUGGGGGUGAUUAAGAAUUGGGGGAGAUUAAGGAUUGGGGGAUUAAGGAUGGGGGGAAUUAAGGAUUCGGGGGGGGGCGGAAUUAAGACAGCCAUUGGCUGCCACUCCCCCAGCCACAAUGUCCACCAGAGCCCUUAACAAAUUUGCAAAAGUCACUCUUUUCAGUUUUCUAUUUCAUUUUCUUUGUCCCGUGAGAAACAUAAUAAGGAGCCAACCACCAGGCAGAAAAAAAAAGCCAGAAAUGAUCUAGGUGCUUUCAAAACAGGACAGUGCGGUGCCAUGAAAGUAAACUUCAAUGAAUUAAAGAUCGUGGGAAUUAGAGAUUUAACAGGAGUGUGUUAUUUUCUGCUUAAACACACCAAGCUAUUUAUCCACCCCUAAAAUGGAGUAAUUGCCCUCCUUCACUUUCUUCCUUCUUUCUCCUUCAAGUUUUUCCUCUUCCUCCUCCUCUCUCUUCCCUUCCUCCCCCUUCUUCUCUUUCUUCCUUGUGGAAUAUUUUUCUGAAAAGUGAAGUAAUGGUUGCCAUUUGCUGCUGGGUGCAGGUUAUAAGCCAGUUCGAAUGAAGCAGGGCGAGGAGCCAGACGAGCAUCUCAGCCCCUCCACUGAGAGGCUGAAGGUCGCUGUGACUGUAAGGUAGAAGUUGCUACAUCUUUCCUCAUCAUUAUUCAAAAUAUGCAGCUGACACUCAGACCAAGACACAGAUGUAUGUAAAUGCUCACCAAGCUUUUUUUUUUCCUCGCAGAGAACAUGAAAACGCAGUGGGCCCCUGUCAUAGAAAGUCUUGCCUAGCAUGCUUUAUAGAGCUUGAAUAUUCCAGAUCUGAGAUAGACAGAGCAGCCACCCACUGAACCUUGCCACAGACUUGUCGCUGGGGCGACGCAAGGUGCCUGUGCUUUCCCUGUCUCCUACCCACACUCUCUGCUGUUUCUGGCUGCCUCUGGAGAGAUGGUGUCUUUGCCAAGAGAUGGGAAGUAGAAGAGGCCACGUUUAUUUAGUAAACGCUGCCACCACUCCUGCCACCCCACUCUACAGUACAUCUGUGUCUAAUGCCACAUUUCUACCUCUACAGAAAUGUGUACAAGAUGGGAGGAUGUGAGACCCUCCCUUGGGCUUAGAUUGUCUUGAUUUAAGGAGGCAGCAUUGAUUAAAACACCACUAUUUCAAAUUGUUUCUUUCUUUGGCACCCUAAAGUUUUUUCACUUUCCAGAACAUGGCACCCUAGUAAUAUUCAAGUCAGGUCAGAGCCUUUCUCUUCUAAUAGGGAGAAAGACAAGGUCCUUCCCACUGCAGGUAAGUUUUACAAAAGCAUCCAUAAAGAAACUGGAAAUCUGGAAAUGGAGUCUCUUAAAAUUACUGGGCCUGCAUACCCUUUGAAAAUCUACAGGUGCCCUUGGGGGUUUAUCUCAGUUUGAAGAUGUUGCCGUAGCCCAAACAGCUGCACCUUAUGGGUGGCAGGGAAGCACAGCACUGUGGAUGCUAUACCAGGAGGGCCGGUGUGGGAGUGGACCUGGCAGAUCACAUCAGAGAAGCUGCCACUCACUUCGUGCAUAAGAUUUGUCUCAAAUGCAGUCAGCAAUUUUUUGAGGCCUGAGCUGAGCCUUGGGUCAUAUUCCCCCUAGUGAGGUCCUGUAUCUGCCAUACCACAGGCCUUGUCAGAGCCUAAGCACAAUCAUGAAGUGGAAAAGCCUUUAUUCUUUCCUUCUCUUCCUUCAGGAUGAUUGUCACUCCUCCCCACCCUGUGGACAUCCAGGGGCCUCAACAGUCAUCCUUCCCUAUCAGCUUUUAAUUUAAAGGGACCUCAGUGCCUUCCUUAACACUGAAAAAUAUUAGGAUAUAUGGCAGCUUACACUGUGAUUUUUGCCAGGAGAAGCUACUUUCUAAUAGCCUGAAGUCGAUAGUUCAGACACUUCUCUACCAUAUUCACAAUGUUUACCAUAUUCAUGUAUCAUAUCUACAUUUCCUUUUUUUCCUCUGAAUUGACUUACCUUUCUACUUUUACAAAUUUAGAUAGAAAACUAUUUUAUCUCUACCAUAAGAGCAUCCCUCCUGUCUCAGCCUAGAGUAUCCAGAAAGCAAAGUUGGAAACAAAGUUUAUUGGGAAUGUAGUCCAGCGGUGCAGAACGGGAGGAUUGAGACAGGGAAGAAAGAAAAGCCAGUAGAAGUGUGCUUUACCACACUGGCUUCUGCUGCAGGCCGCUGGUACUCAGUCCCACUAGGGCCUUCUGGAAACCCUCAUGAAAUGUCUCUCAGAACUCCCCACCUGGAAGCUGUCAGCUUCCAACCUCCUCUGGUCAAGAGUAGCCCCAUGGGCACUAACUACCCCCAUAUUCCCAGGCUGCACAUGUUUAAGUACAAAACUUGCAAGGGUAACCCAUGUCAAAGCAAAAGAGAAGCCCCAGGGCCAGGAGCCGACUGCAAAAGGUGCAGGCCCAGGCAAAGUGCUGUCAGGUUCUAUUUGUACAAAACCAGUCAGCUGCACCAGCAUGUCAGCUGUUUACCCACACAAUGCUCCAGAAUUCUACACAGGCUAGUUGAAAACAGAGCGAGUCUGGGGGUGGGGUGAGGGGUAAGGGGGUGGUACUAAAGUCUUCUUCACCCUGCCCUUCGGUCUGUCAUUGUGCUCACCUGAGGUGCCUGGGAUCCUGUCCAACAUGGCUGCUGGAAGUCCCGUCUGUGAAGAUAGUGGGGGUGGGAGUGCAGUUAAGGGCAGCCUAGUGAGCCCAGCACUCUCCAAAAAGUGACCACGACAUAUGAGGUAGACAGCCCACUCCUGCAUUGGCAUGACUGUUGAGGAGAGAGGGGUAACUGGGUGUUAAAACAGAACUUGAGACUCAGAAACUACUGGCCCACAAAGCUCACAGUCUAUCUACUGCCAAAGCCAACCCCCCACCCUGGCCUCCCACUCACCCCCAGGCUGCCCUCUACAGUCUUCUCUCCCCUUGAGACUUUUGGUUUGUGCGAGGUGGUGAGGGAGGUGCUGUGUGAUUUGUCUUGGCCACACCCUCUGAGGAGGUGGCUGACAAAAAGGGACAGCAAGAGCAAGCUUCCUCAAAUCAUACAUAACACGCUACCCAUCCCCUGCUUUGACUUACAUGCUUCUGGUGAAAGAACAUCAGCUAGAUCUUCUAGUGAGUAAAAGGAAGUUGGAAGGGGCAUUGCCACCUCUGGUAUAUCACCCAAAGAAAAGCUGAGCAACCUGCCAUUAUUUUGGAGACGGCAAGAAAAGAACAUCUCAGAAGUGGGGCCUCAUCCUUUGAUUUUUUUUUUAUUUUUUUAAACACGAGAAAAAAAGAGAAAUUGUUCUUCAGCAAGUUGUGAAAAUAAAUCCACAAUCUUUUAUAUUCAGGAGUUUGGAGACCCAGGUACACCAUCCACGGUGUUUUUGCAAACAUCACAGGAGAACCCUCUGUGUGAGACAGCUGAAUUGUCUUCUGCUCCUGCCUGGUGCUUGCUGGAAGGUACCCAGGUCUCACUUGGUUCGAAAUUGUUUUCGCUCUCUAAGCAGCAGAAGCCAUGGAUCACCCAGUGAAGUGGAGAACACCACUACUCGAGCAUCCGUAUCUCAAGCUUGAAUUUCAGUUCUUGAUGCUAACUAGUCUUUUUUACUUCUGUUCAGGCAUCAUCCAGGUGAACAAGACAGUGAAAGAAGUAGCAGUACUAUCCUGUGAUUACAACAUUUCCACUGAAGAACUGAUGGAAGUUCGAAUCUAUUGGCAAAAGGAUGAUGAAAUGGUGUUGGCCAUCAUGUCUGGAAAAGAGCAAGUGUGGUCCAAGUAUGAGAAUCGCACCUUCACUGACUUCACCAAGAACCUCUCCAUUGUGAUCCUGGCUCUGCGCCUGUCGGACAAUGGCAAAUACACCUGUAUCGUUCAAAAGAUUGAAAAAGGCUCUUACAAAGUGAAACACAUGACUUCAGUGAUGUUAUUGGUCAGAGCUGACUUUCCUGUCCCUAGUAUAACUGACCUUGGAAAUCCAUCCCGUAACAUCAAAAGGAUAAUGUGUUCAACCUCUGGAGGUUUUCCAAAGCCUCACCUCUCCUGGUUAGAAAAUGAAGAAGAAUUAAAUGCCAUCAACACAACAGUUUCCCAAGAUCCUGGAACUGAGCUCUACACUAUCAGCAGUGAACUGGAUUUCAAUAUAACAAACAACCAUAGCUUUGUGUGCCUUGUCAAGUAUGGAGACUUAGCAGUAUCACAGAUCUUCAACUGGCAAAAAUUUGAGCCACCCCCUCCUGAUAAUUCACUCCAGUUCUGGGUCAUCCUAAUCUCAGUAGUAAGUGGGAUUGUUCUGAUCACUGUCAUUAUAAGAAGCUGCCUAGCCCACAGACUUGCUGCAAGAUGGAGAAGGGGAAAGACGAAUGAGGAGGGCGUGGACAUGGAAAAGAUCACUCCUAUCUACAUAGGAUCUGCCCAAGCAUCCGUAUGAGCAGAACAUCUGGAGGUCCCACCUCCAUCUUAGAUUGACUUCUUCUUUGAAUUUCCUCAGAUGGCCAGGAUUAUCCCACCUUGUACUUCAAGUAUGUUUUCUAGGAGCCUCUUCAUUUCAGUGGCCCUGCAAAAAGUGACCAGAGGAAUAUGGUGGGGACAUAAGUAGCUCUGGUAACCUUGGUCAAAGAAUUUAGAAACAAAGAAUUGUUCAGGCCUGGAAGAGACAUUUGAAAACACUUGUCUCAUUACUGACAAGGACAUCAAGGCCCAGGGGGUGACCUGAAUGAUAAAGGCCUGAGCCAGAACUCAGAUUUCCUGUCUCUGGUGCUCUUUUCCAUUAGUCUGGCUCUGUGCUAUUAACUGGUGUGUAUAUAUAUAUAUACACACACACCAGUCAAAAUGCUUCUGGAAAAAGAAUUUGUCCAAUGUCAGGUCAACUUUUGAGACUUGAUCUGAUGCAACGCUGGAAGAUUUUGUGUUGUUGUAAAAGGGAAUCUGAUGUUCAUGUGUGGGUAGUAUGCUGGUAUGUAUACCGAUGUGAGAAUGAUGGAAACAUUAGUGGUGUUAGCCAGUAUUUCAUUUUUCAUUGUGCUCUCCUCUGU